GGAAUCAUGGAGGUGAAUGUUUCAGCUGAAUCCUUUGAGAGCCUCGUGCCUGGUGAGAUUCAAGAGAAGUUUAAGAAAAACCAUGACAUAAUAUUCUACAGGAGACAGAGAGAUAAAGCAGUGUCUCAGUACUUUGCCUCCUUCGAAACUUUAGUAUUCACAGAGAGAGGAGCCAGUCUGGAGCUCUGUGAACGGGACUCUCAGGAUCGGCUGUGUCUUCAAAUACGGGUAACACAAAGUGGAGCAGUCAGGGUGUCUUUUGAUGAGCUACAGCCGGUGAAACCACGCUACCAUGUUUCAGAUGUACUGCUCGGAGACCUGAGAUAUGAGCCGCUGAGAGUUAAUUGGAAGAGAGAGGACUGUGUAUGUCUAACUUGGGGUCUGGGACAGUACAAGCUGCUGGUUUCCUUCUCUCCUUUCAAACUAGAGAUUUCCUGUGAUGAAGAGGAGAUUGUCACUCUCAACCCAGAAAACAAACUCUACUUUGAGACUCUGCGAGAUCCGACUAGGUCAACUUUAGAUUCAUGCCAGGACGAUGAAAAUCGAUGUGGGCUGUGGAAGGAAACAUUCAGACAGUUUGAGGACAUCAAAGCAAAUGGUCCUAGUUCUGUGGGGAUGGACUUAAGUCUCCAUGGGUUUAGCCAUACGUAUGGUCUUCCUGAACAUGCUGAUACUCUAGUGUUGAAGGACACAAGUGUCAAGGAGGCGUAUCGGCUGUACAACCUGGAUGUGUUUGGCUAUGACAUCAAUAGCAGGCUGGGUCUUUAUGGAUCUGUCCCCUUCCUGCUAGCUCACAAGCUGGAGAGGACAGCUGGAGUGUUCUGGCUGAACGCCUCUGAGACUCUGGUUGAUGUCAAGUACAACCCAGAGCCAAAUGAGGGUGAGGAUGAACCUCCAGGGAAGAAAAGCAAGAUCUCACCACAGACUGAUGUGAGAUGGAUAUCAGAGAGCGGCACAAUCGACUGUUUCAUUUUGCUGGGACCCACAGCUGCCCAGGUGUUCUCUCAGUAUGCUCAACUCACAGGCUACCAGGCUCUUCCUCCACUCUUCUCUUUGGGCUAUCACCAGUGCCGCUGGAACUACGAGGACGAGGCAGAUGUGAAAGCGGUGGAUGCUGGAUUUGACCUCCACGGUAUUCCGUAUGAUGUCAUAUGGUUGGACAUAGAGCACACAGAUGGGAAGCGCUACUUCACCUGGGAUUCCCAGCUUUUUCCAAACCCAGCUGAAUUACAGCAGCACCUUCAGAAGAAGAACAGGAAGCUGGUUGUUAUUAGUGAUCCGCACAUCAAGAUUGAUCCUGAUUGGCCGCUUUACUGUGAGGCUAAAGAAGGGGGCCAUUUCGUGAAGAAUAGAGAAGGUGUUGUUUAUGAAGGAACAUGUUGGCCCGGUGAAUCCUGUUAUUUGGACUUCAGUAGCUCAAAGACAAGGUCAUGGUAUGCCAGACAGUUCUCUCUAAGCAAAUAUGAAGGCUCAACAGAAUCUUUGUUUGUGUGGAAUGACAUGAAUGAACCGUCGGUCUUUAACGGGCCAGAGCAGACAAUGCCCAAAGAUGCAGUGCACCACGGAGGAUGGGAACACAGGGAACUGCACAACUUGUAUGGCUUUUAUCAGCAUAUGGCUACAUUUGAGGGCUUAUUAACCCGGUCAGGUGGCACAGAGAGGCCGUUUAUCCUUUCACGCUCUUUCUUUGCUGGGUCUCAAAGAUUAGGUGCCAUCUGGACUGGGGACAAUGUUGCUACUUGGGAGUACUUGAAGAUUUCAAUACCCAUGCUGCUGUCGCUGAGUUUGACAGGAAUACAGUUUUGUGGAGCUGAUGUAGGCGGCUUUGUGCAGGAUCCAGACCCUGAGCUUCUGGUCCGCUGGUACCAAGCAAGUGCUCUGCAGCCAUUUUUCAGGGGACACUCUGCUAAGAUGACCAAGAGGCGUGAGCCCUGGCUGUUUGGGGACGAUGUGACCUCUGCGAUCCGCUCUGCUGUUCAGGACAGAUACCGUCUCCUGCCGUACUGGUACACUCUGUUUCACCAAGCACACACGUCAGGCCUGCCUCCCAUCAGACCUCUUUGGGUAGAGUUUCCCAGCGAUACAAGCAUGUUUGCAGUGGAAAACCAGUACAUGAUAGGCGGUGCUCUCCUUGUGUGCCCUGUGACAGAUCCUGGGGUCACAGAGGUCAAGAUUCUGCUCCCGGGGUCUGAUGAGCUGUGGUAUGACAUAAACAUGGCAGCGGUACACAAUGGUGCGAUAACUCUGGAUCUGCCAGUGACUCUGGACACUGUGCCUGUGUUCCAGCGUGGGGGGACAGUGGUGCCCAGGAGAGCAGGUUGUGGGUCCAGCACUGCAGACUUACAGCAGCAUCCUAUCACUCUCACUGUGGCCCUGGACAGUAAGGGCAAUGCUGACGGAUUUCUUUAUCUAGAUGAUGGCCACUCUUUUAGUUACAGAGACCAGAUGCAGUUCUGUCUGCGGCGUUUUACCAUGCGAGCUGGCAGGCUUGUCAACAGCUGUGCUAAUGAUCAAGGCUUGUUUGUCUCGGAUGACAAAGUGGAAUCAGUGGUCAUUCUUGGUCUGAAUAGCUUGAAAAGAAAACCCAAGUUCAAGCCAAGUAUGAAGAGGCCAAAAGUUUCCUUAUGUGGUGCGCCGAAGACAACAGUCACAUUUGAAUUUGAUGCAAAGCAAGGUGUGUUAACUUUAACUGGACUGGACCUAGAAAUACACAAAGACUGGAAAAUAGAAAUUUAGUGGAUGGUAUUUUUUCAAAUUACCAGUUUUUUUUAAUUAUUAUUUUAAACUUUUUAAGAUUUGGUUGUUUUACAGUAUUUCAUAUGCUUGCCUUAAAAAAUCAAAAUGACUUGCAGUUGCAAUAAAACAUUUGUUUAAUUAAAACAGCACCUUAACAAUGGAAUGUAAUGUUAAAGAUUCCCUCCACAAUGCUCAUCUACCUCAAGAAAUCUAAUAACAUGAUAUGAUUUUAAUGGCUAGGUUCGUUUAACAUGAAUUAUUAGCCAUUUUCCCUUGCCAUACUUACGUGAAACUGUAGAAAUGACAUGAUGGAGGUGAAAUAAGUUUUCAAAAUACAAAACAUUGUGCAAAAAAUCUUAAUUUCUAAAUAAAGAAUUCUCAAAGAGUAU